AUGGCCAAAUGCUACGACAUAACACAACAUCAAUUGGAACAACAACAACAACACAAUGAGAAUCAACAACAAUUUUGCCUACGUUGGCACAAUCAUCAGACCAGUUUGCUAAGCACUCUACCCGUACUGCUGGACCAAUCGCAUCUGACAGAUGUCACCAUAUCGGCCGAGGGGCGACAGUUGAGGGCACAUCGUGUGGUACUCAGUGCAUGCAGCACUUUCUUCAUGGAAAUCUUUCGAGCCCUGGAGGCAAGCAAUCAUCCGGUUAUUAUCAUACCAGGUGCUAGUUUUGGUGCCAUUGUCGCUCUGCUCACGUUCAUGUAUUCGGGGGAGGUGAAUGUCUAUGAGGAGCAGAUACCCAUGUUGCUGAAUCUAGCCGAAACGCUGGGCAUCAAGGGUUUGGCGGAUGUUCAAAAUAAUAAUCUUCCGAAGAGCCAAACCAAGAGCACAGCCACUUCAUCCGGUGCCACAAACUCCUUUCUGGACUCCCCCAAUGACAAGCAGUCAGAGUUCGAACGUCCGAGUACACCAUCGCCCACACCGAUGCCCAGUUUACCACAGUUACCCAAUCCAGCACUGAAUACUCCCUUGUUGGCUAAUAAACUUGGCUCUAUGACUGGAUGCGGUGGCUCACUGUCCAGUCCAGCAGGCGGUUGUACUCCCCUCGAGAACUUCUUUCUGAAAUCGCUGCAAUUCUAUCCGAAUCUUUUGCCGCAACCAUUGAACUUUUCGCAAACAGCUCUCAAUAAGACAACCGAACUGUUGGCCAAAUAUCAACAGCAAUGUCAGCUCUAUCAGAGUGGAGGCCUGGAGGACGAUGAUUGCUAUGGAAACGCAAAGCGUUUGAAGACAGGCACAAAUCUCUUAGCAGGUUCAACCACUUUGAUCGGACAACAGCAGCAGCAGCAAAAGGAUAUUAAACGCAUUGAUAAGAUUGUCGAGAGUUUGAGGACUACAACCAACAGCAGCAACAACAAUAACAGCAGCAACAGCAACAACAACAACACUAACAACAACAAGUCACCAAUGGAAUGUUCAGCUGGAAAUCCAAUUGUGGCCACUUCACCCAUUACCCUAACACCCCAAACAAUGUCACAUUUCUCUCCCCAAUUGCCGGUGGUGAAGCCCUCACCAAAUUAUCAUAAUCCCCUAACAUCUGGCCAAAUGUACAGCAGCACCAGCAACAAGCCCUCCAUUUACAGUGCCGCCGUUACACCGACUUCAGCCCAACAAGCCGCCCAGGUGCAUCACUCCCAUCAGCAUGGUGGCAACACCAGCAACAGCAGCACCACGCCCUACAUCUCACCCGAAGAUCAUGCCAAAUUGCAGCAACACAUCGAGCAAUAUCAACGGGAAGCGGCUGCAGCUGCAGCAGCAGCGGCCAGUAGCAGCAUGGCUCUGGUCAGUGCCAAAUCGGAGCCGAAUCUAUUGUCCCUAACCGCCGAGAAGCAAUUGCCAGCCACACCGAUCAAACCGCCUUCAAAUUCUAAGCUAUAUGCCACAUGUUUCAUUUGCCACAAACAAUUGAGCAAUCAAUAUAAUCUCCGAGUACAUUUGGAGACCCAUCAGAAUGUGCGCUAUGCCUGCAAUGUCUGCUCCCAUGUGUCGCGCAGCAAGGAUGCGUUGCGCAAACAUGUUAGCUAUCGCCAUCCAGGAGCUCCUUCGCCCUGUGAGAGUGAGGCGCGACGCAAACGUGUAACCAAACUGACGGUGAAUACCACGCAAUCGAAUCCUGUAGCCAGCCAUACGGCCAUCAGUGGCGAUGGCUUGUUGGGAGGAGGAGGAGGAGGAGGAGUCGGUAUAGUCGGUGGCAGCACUCAAUCUCAAUCGGCAAGCAGUUGCAAUGAUGCUGGCCUAACCAAUCCCUAUCUCUUUCUACCCAAUCAGUUUCAAUUGGCUGCAGCUGCAGCUGCUGCAGCAGUGGCCGAGACCAAUGCCAGCACAGCGCCAGCCUUGGAUUUGGCCCAUGAAACGACGCAGAUGAUCAAAAUUGAACCGACAACAACAAUAGCAACAGCAGCAGCGGCAGCAACAACAACCGCCAGCAAUGGCGAAGCAUCAACAUUGAACAGUGCCACAAAUGUGACAUCAGCUGCUGCUGCAGCAACAGAAACAACCUAGAGGCUUAGAAGUUAAUUAAUAUUUUAUUUUUUCAAGAGCAAAGAAGAAAACCCCCCCUACAAAAGUUGCAAGGGCCAAAUGGCAAAAGGCAUUCGAUCCUAGGAGGAGAGAAAUUUCCUACCACAUUAAUUUCCCCUCUCUUAAAACGUCGAUUCCGAUUUUAUCCUACAAAGUCUACAGCCAGAUUAACGACUGAUUCUAGAUAGAGGAAAGGUUAACUAAUCUUUAAAUACUUUCUUCCUAUUUAUACAUCGUUGUGGCCAUCAGAAGGACUACAGAAAAAUGAUCUGAUUUUAGACAUUUUUUGAAAACUUUUUCGGACUCUUGUUCCAAAUGUGACUUAAGCCAAAUUGCUAUACUCUGUGUCCUUCAGUUGAUCCUUUUCUAAGGCAGAACUAUUGACAAAGAAACUCUUAAAAGUGAUCAAGAGAGCGUUAACAUUUUCGUCUAAAGUUUGUCUAAUAUGAAUAUAUAACAAAACUCCUUUCUGAAUUCAAAUAUUUUGGCCCUCUGCCAUAAAUAUUCGAAAUCUCUAUUUAAAAAUAUAGUGAGGAAUAUUGGAAAAGAUUUUAUGAGUCGAAAAGUGCCUUAAAAGACCCGAUACUGUUCCCAUCUGCUGGAUCUUUUUGGUAAACCCUUUGGGGGGGGAAGGAAAGGCUUUGCAACAAAGAGGUUUAUAACAUAAGAGACACAAAACACACAUGCACACUUACAACUUAAACCUUACAUAUACAUACACCAAAAUGGAACUGUUUUUUAAACCCACAAAAAAGGAAAACCAAAAAAAAAAAACAAAACAAAGAACAAAAAACCAAACCAAACGUCUUAGACCCGGCUGUGAUACUUAGCGCAAUUCAUUUUUUAUUUCGUCUUCUACACACACACACACACACACACACACA